AACCAACCUUGUUUUGUUCUUCGAUCAACAACAAAUAUACUGUCAGCAGCUGUAAUGGAAUUUUCACUAGAAUCAUUUUCUAUUCCAUUGUGGCAUACAUAGUCUGGUUUGUCCUUGUUUUCACCAAAAAACUCUGACAAUGAAAAAAUGGAGUUCUCUCUAAUCCUAAAAGCUUCUCUGCUUGUAUUUCUGUUUUCAUUGCAGAAACAAGAUGUAGUUCUGUCUGCUCCCUUAGAUGGCAAUUUCUUAAAGGAAUCUUUUGCUGUCAAUGCUCUCAGGGAUAGCUUCAAUGACCCUUUUUUGAAUGGAAACUGGUCUGGCAUUCAAUGCCAGAUCGGUCAGUCUGUGCCUUGGUUUGGCAUCGAAUGUCUCAACGGGCGCAUCACGGCGAUCUUGCUUGAGAAUAUGUUGCUCAAAGGACUUGUCAGUGAUGAUGCUUUCUUUAAUUUCACUGAGUUGAUCCAGCUAAGCUUGAGGAACAAUUCGAUAUCCGGUGAGGUUAUGAAUUUUACUUACAAUCCCAAGUUGCAGAAAAUUGAUCUUUCCUAUAACAAGCUUUCCGGCCCCAUUUCAGCUUCACUUUUGAGUCUUAAUAGUUUGGAGUCAUUGCAGCUUCAGAACAACAAUCUAACAGGUACAAUCCCACCAUUCUACCAGCCAAGGUUGGUAGAGUUCAAUGUCUCCGGUAACAGACUUGACGGGGAGAUCCCAAGAACCCCAGUUCUCCAAUCAUUGAAUUCUGAUUCCUACUCCAAUAAUCCUGAACUCUGCGGCCCCCCAUCUGACAAUCCGUGCAAAGCCAGCGAUAUUGGCAAGAAAAAUUCUUGUGAAAUAUUGUCUGAUUUUGCAUUCAUGUUUCUGCUUUUCGACAUCGUUGGUCUUAUAGCUGUAGUGAUAGUCCUCAUUGUAUACUAUAAGAAAUAUAAGAAACUGAAUUCAAUGAUGUCUGAAAAGAACGUCAAAGAGUUGGAAGAAAUUGAGUUGGCAACAGAGGAUGAGGCAGGGGAAGAACAUGAUAUGGCAGCCUCAGGAGAGCAAAUAAUUGUUGCAGGAGCUUGUGACAAAAAAAAUCUCACAUUCACUGAUGAUGAAGAGAGUUUUGAGCUAGAUGAUCUGUUGAAAGCUUCUGCAGAAGGAUUAGGCAUGGGGAUUUUUGGGAAUACGUAUAAAGCAAUGAUGAAAGGCAAGCCUGUCGUCGUUGUGAAACGUUUAAGGGAUUUGAAACCGAUGAGCGAUGAAGAGUUUGCGAAGCAGUUGGGUGUAAUUGCAGCACAGAAACACCCUAAUCUGCUGUCCCUUCUUGCUUACUAUUGUUCAAAGGAAGAGAAGCUGAUGAUUUACAAAUAUGCAGAAAAAGGAAACCUCUUUAACCGCGUUCAUGCAAGCAAAGGAAGCGAUCAGCGGAUUCGAUUCAAAUGGACUGCAAGGUUAUCAGUAGCUAGAGGUGUAGCAAGAGCCCUGGAUCAUCUUCACCUGACCGCAACAUCACAGAACGACGCCCCCCAUGGCAACCUUAAAUCAUCAAAUGUUCUUCUCGACGAGAACGAAAGAGUUUUGGUAUCAGAUUAUGGUCUGAACUCACUAAUAGCUCUUCCCAUCGCAGCUCAACGGAUGGUUUGUUACAGAUCACCUGAAUACCAGGCCGCGAAAAAAGUAUCCAAGAAAUCUGAUAUUUGGAGCUAUGGUUGCCUAAUUUUGGAACUACUAACAGGAAAAGUGUCAGCCUACUCAGCUCCAUCAGGAGUGAGCGGUGACGAUCUCUGCAGCUGGGUGCAUCGAGCGGUGAGAGAAGAAUGGACAGCUGAGAUAUUUGAUUCUGAGAUAACCAUGAAUGGAAAUGCAGCUCCUGGAAUGCUGAAGCUGCUGCAGAUUGCUAUACGAUGCUGCGACGUGUCCCCGGACAAGCGUCCAGAGAUUAGAGAAGUGGUGAGGGAAGUGGAGAACAUAAAACAUGUUGAAUCAGAAGAUGAAGAUGAUUUUUCAUUGGAUCAGUCUGACGAUUGGUCAACUUCAGCCUCAGCCUCAGCCUCAGCCUCAGGAACAGGAACAGUUGGUGGUGAGCAGUGAUGAUCAUUUUCCGUAUCAGAAGUUCACAUCAUGAGGGAGAUAAAGGCAAUGAUAUGAUCAGUAGACAAGCCUUGGAAUGGGCUUGCAUGGCUCAUUUGUUUAUAACAUUUUGAGACUGGUUGUGUAAUACACUAGCAUUGUGAGUUUUGCUAUAAUUGUGAAUUUCUUGAAGUUCAUACUUCAUGGUACUCAUUUUUGUCUUCAUAAAAGCCAUCAUGUUUUGUGAAAAUAAUAUAUGAAUGCCUCAUCCCAAUUUUAAAUGUGUAA